AGCGGCAGGAGGAGGAGAGCAAAGCAAUUGAGCCAGCGAGGAGUGGAGCUGGACCUGGCCUCGCACGCUCCUAGAGGACCACCUCCUGAGACAGAGUUCUUUUUCCCCCUUCUUCUUGCUCAAGCUCUCUCCUGCCCUCCCUCCCUGCCCAGUGCAAUGCAUUCUUGAGUGGCAGCGUCUGGACUCCAGGCAGCCCCAGAGAACCGAAGCAAGCCAGCGAGAGGACGGGAGCCAAGACACUCCGGUUGGGGAGCUUGGAUGCCUGGCUUUCUUUGAGGACGUCUUUGGAGCGAGGGUGGCUUUGGGGUGGGGGAUUGUGCUGCAAGGAAUCCAGCCAGGUCCCAAGAUGGACACUUCUGGGCACUUCCAUGACUCUGGGGUGGGAGACCUGGAUGAAGACCCCAAGUGCCCCUGUCCAUCCUCCGGAGACGAGCAGCAGCAGCCGCCACAGCCGCCGUCAGCGCCACCAGCGGUGCCCCAGCAGCCCCCGGGACCCCUGUCGCAGCCUCAGCCUCCGCAGCCUCAGCCUCAGCCUCAGCAGCAGCCGCCGCCGCCGCCGCAUCCCCUCUCUCAGCUCGCCCAACUCCAGAGCCAGCCCGUCCACCCCGGCCUGCUCCACUCCUCUCCCACUGCUUUCAGGGGCCCCCCUUCGGCCAACUCCACAGCCAUCCUCCACCCUUCCUCCAGGCAAGGCAGCCAGCUCAAUCUCAAUGACCACUUGCUUGGCCACUCUCCAAGCUCCACAGCCACAAGUGGGCCUGGUGGAGGCGGCCGGCACCGGCAGGCCAGCCCCCUGGUGCACCGGCGGGAUAGCAACCCCUUCACGGAGAUCGCCAUGAGCUCCUGCAAGUACAGCGGCGGGGUCAUGAAACCCCUCAGCCGCCUGAGCGCCUCCCGGAGGAACCUGAUCGAGGCUGAGCCUGAGGGCCAACCCCUCCAGCUCUUCAGCCCCGGCAACCCCCCGGAGAUUGUCAUCUCCUCCCGGGAGGACAACCAUGCCCACCAGACCCUGCUCCGUCACCCCAACGCCACCCACAACCACCAGCACGCCGGCACCACUGCCAGCAGCACCACCUUCCCCAAAGCCAACAAGCGGAAAAACCAAAACAUUGGCUAUAAGCUGGGACACAGGAGGGCCCUGUUUGAAAAGAGAAAGCGCCUGAGCGACUAUGCUCUGAUUUUUGGGAUGUUUGGAAUUGUUGUUAUGGUGAUAGAGACCGAGCUCUCUUGGGGUUUGUACUCAAAGGAUUCCAUGUUCUCGCUGGCCCUGAAAUGCCUUAUCAGUCUGUCCACCAUCAUCCUUUUGGGCCUGAUCAUCGCCUAUCACACACGUGAAGUCCAGCUCUUUGUGAUUGACAAUGGUGCGGACGACUGGCGGAUAGCCAUGACCUACGAGCGCAUCCUCUACAUCAGCCUGGAGAUGCUGGUGUGCGCCAUCCACCCCAUUCCUGGCGAGUACAAGUUCUUCUGGACGGCGCGCCUGGCCUUCUCCUACACGCCGUCGCGGGCGGAGGCCGACGUGGACAUCAUCCUGUCCAUCCCCAUGUUCCUGCGCCUGUACCUGAUCGCCCGCGUCAUGCUGCUGCACAGCAAGCUCUUCACUGACGCCUCGUCCCGCAGCAUCGGGGCGCUCAACAAGAUCAACUUCAACACGCGCUUCGUCAUGAAGACCCUCAUGACCAUCUGCCCCGGCACCGUGCUGCUCGUGUUCAGCAUCUCACUGUGGAUCAUCGCGGCCUGGACCGUCCGAGUCUGUGAAAGGUACCACGACCAGCAGGAUGUGACUAGUAACUUCCUGGGCGCCAUGUGGCUCAUCUCCAUCACAUUCCUCUCCAUUGGCUAUGGGGAUAUGGUGCCCCACACGUACUGCGGGAAAGGCGUCUGUCUGCUCACUGGUAUCAUGGGCGCGGGCUGCACCGCCCUGGUGGUGGCCGUGGUGGCCCGAAAGCUGGAACUCACUAAAGCAGAGAAGCAUGUUCACAACUUCAUGAUGGACACUCAGCUCACCAAACGGAUCAAGAAUGCUGCAGCCAAUGUCCUUCGGGAGACAUGGCUAAUCUAUAAACACACGAAGCUGCUAAAGAAGAUCGAUCAUGCCAGGGUCAGAAAACACCAGAGGAAGUUCCUCCAAGCUAUCCACCAACUGAGGAGUGUCAAGAUGGAGCAGAGGAAGCUGAGUGAUCAAGCCAACACCCUGGUGGACCUUUCCAAGAUGCAGAAUGUCAUGUAUGACUUAAUCACAGAACUCAAUGAUCGAAGCGAAGACCUGGAGAAGCAAAUCGGCAGCCUGGAGUCUAAGCUGGAGCACCUCACGGCCAGCUUCAAUUCCCUGCCCCUGCUCAUCGCAGACGCCCUGCGUCAGCAGCAGCACCAGCUCCUGUCUGCGGCCGUGGAGGCCCGGGGCGUCAGCGUGGCGGUGGGCACCACCCACACCCCGCUCUCCGACAGCCCCAUCGGGGUGCCUCUACUUGGGAGCGGGAAGAGGAGAUGACAGGAAGCGACGCUCUGGCAGGGCCCUUGCUGCCGAGUUGGUGGAGAACAGAAAUCCACGCUCAAUCUCAGUACCUUAGACAGCUACCUGGUGGCUUCCUGGUAGACUUGAAAACAACCUCUUCCCUCCAGUUGGCUUGAUGACUCCCUGGACAGUGUCCUUCCUUCCUUCCUGCUGCCAAAGUAAACAUUAUGGGAAUGGGAUCAUUGAUACCACUAAGAAAGCGAUAGCAAUAUUAACGGUCUGCCUCUGGUAGUAGAACAAGGUGAGUGCUCUUCAUCCCGAAAACUUAUGCCAGGCUGCAUGAAUAGAAAUUAGCAUUGAACUCCCGUCAGGCAAGUAAUAUGUAGAUUUUUACUGAAAUAGACUGAAGCUUAUUAAAAAGUACUCAGUGCAAUGGUAUAUAAAUAUAUACAGAUAGAGAAAAAAAAUAACUGUGAUCUUUUUUUUCCUUACACCAUUACUGGAAACGCCCAAACAUGAACUGGAGUUCCCUCUGAACAAAACCAUUAUCAAAUCUUCAACAUAUGACCUCCAAAUCUAGGUGCCAAGUGCCCUGUGACCGUUGUUUACACACCUGAGAAAUGCAUUCUGAAAGCUGUAAUCUUGGGCUGGGACCAUGUGUUGAAACAAACAAAAGAGAUGUUGUGACCAACCAAGCUGAUGGAGGAAAAGCACAAAAUUCAACACCAACCUGUAGUUAGGAUCCCAAAGAGUGGCUGAAUUUAUAGCCCCCCUCUCCAAAAAAAAAAGAAGAAAAUGAAAUCAGUGACAAAUCAAAUAUGAAUCUGAUUGGAACAGCCAACAUCCAAGUUCACGGAAGAAGGUUGGAGAAUGAACAACAUUCUCCAGCUGUGUCAUAUUGUCUCCAUUUUUGAAUCUCAACCGGGACUGAUUCACCUUCAUCAGACAUACUUUUUAAUGAAACAACAACUCAAUUUUGGUCCCAGACUCUCCAUUCUGCACUGACCAGAAGAGAACAACAAAUGAGAGCAACAGGAUGUUAAUGGAGGAAACAUUUUCAUGGCAAACUCAGAAACUGAAGUGUUUAUAUUCAGAAUCAGAUGAGCUUCAACAUGAAUUUGCAUCUUGCCUCUCUGUACUGCUUGCUAUUUUUUAAUGAUAGGAGAAAGCAUAACGGUUUAUUUUAAAUAUGAAAUAUAUUGCUAUAUUAUAAAAUAUAUUGUAACUUUCAAUUAAUGUUUUGUAUCAAACUAGUCUUCAGCAGGCCGAGUGUCAGCCUGCUCUCUCAACGACUGUUUCUGAGUACACAUCACCGUUAGUGACUGUUGACACCCAGACCAAGGGUCUUUAGCCUACAGAACUGCCAUAUUCUAAUUCUCCAAGACCUGACUGUUAGACACACAAGAACAGUAUUCCAAGCUUAGAAUAAUUCUACCCUAAAUUCUAUCAAGCCAUUUCAGAAGAGAUCUUAGAAGCCAUCACUCCUUUAGCAGCUGUGCAAGUCCCGUUUAAUAAGUGCAGGCUCUUUCUACAUAAAUGCAAAGGCCCCAUUGAAUAAACAAUAUAAAUCUCAGACUCAGCCAUCCAGUUUUUCCUUUGGCAAUGUCAGAACGGGGCACAGGGAGGAGUCUUGUUCUCCUAUGAUACAAAAGACUCAAAAUUCUCACCAAUAUGAGUUUCUCUAGGUCAGGGUAAAAUCGGGAUCAGAAUUCCAUUCACACAGGGCCCAGUGAGAGCCCCAGGUGCAAAUGUGCUUUUCUGAGCUGGCAGUGGCCUGAAGGGAGCUAGGUUUCCACAUGUUUAUCCAUAACAUGGCACAGGUCCUAAGGGAAUGAGAGAGGAGGCAGGACUUCCUUUUCGGCUACUUUAGCUGGGAGGAAAGAAAGAGUUUCAAUCAAGAUGUGUUCUUGAUUGGCAAAAUUGAGCAAAAUUCUCAAGGAACUUAUGAAAUCUAUCCCCCUCUUCCUCUGAUAUAGCAGUUGAGACACACAUGGAGAAUUUCUCACUUCCCUACUUUGAAUGAUGGGGGGCUCUUUCUAGAUGAAAACAGGAUGUGUUUGGUCACAGAACAGAGGUUUCCUAGAAUCAAUGGGCCUCCUCCCAAGAGGGUUCCUCAUUUGCUAUCACUACUGGGGGGUCGUAUCGCACAGAUACAAACUAAGUAGCUUCAGGAUCUGUUUAACAGAGCAGGCAUUCCUCUUCCCUUUACAAACUGAAAAUUCACACACAGAUAUACUGAUUGUGCAAAACAACAGAUUUUCUCCUGGGAAAAAGGCUGGAAUCCUCUCAUACUUCCAUUUAUUGGAGCUUACAUAUUGAUAAGGCUUGGGCCUCAAUAAUAGUAGUUAUGCCGUCUGAAAGAGAAAUAUAUCUAAAUGUCCAGCUUCAAUCUGCUUGUGGAGCUGAGACCUAACUUGUACACACAUUUUAUUUUUAUUGAGCUAAAUUCUCUCAGCAUCUGUACUGCUCCUCACUUAUAUAUUAGACUGAGCUCCAUUAAAGCCAUCAGAACUCCAGGGCACCUGUUUUUAGCAGGUUACUCACUCACUGGGUAAUGGAAAUUACUUUAUUCUCAAUUUUAUAAUUGACUGAUGAAUGUACUGGUGGCAAUUGAGUUGUCUCAUACUACUUUUCUGCUACUAAGUAGAACUAUGUUUUUCAGCUUUUCCUUCCAUUGCUUCUCAGACUGACUAGGACUUUUACAAUUAUAGAGAGUAAAUAUAUUCUGAUUUUCCCCCUCAGAGCUAUUACUGAAUCUAGAUCAAGGAAACCAAUACAAAUUCCUGAUUUGGGGAAAGCAAACUUCUUGACAGUAAUUCAACUACAUGGCUAUAUGCUAACCCUUGCUGCUACUCAGAGUGUGGUCCACUGGACCAGCAGCAUUUGCAUCACUGGGGAACUCAUUAGAAAUGCAGAAUCUCAGGCCCCAGGCCAGACCUACUUGAUGAAAUUCAGCAUUUUAGCAAAAUCCCCAAGUGAUCUGUAGACACAUUAAAUAUUGAGAAGUACUGGCCUCGCGUCCCUACAAUGGUAACCAACAUCAUUAAUAAUCGGAAAAUUAAAUCAUUUCUUCCUUGCUCCUCAUUUGCAGAAUUAUUUGAAGCAGUAAAGGUCCUGUAUGAUCAGAAAGAAAAAAAAAUGCAUCUUAAAGUUCCACUGAAAGUCCUAUAGCUUAAGUGGUACACAAAAAGAGGCUAGCUUUUUCCAGUCUAAUUUUUUAAAUGCUCACUUCAUAGCUGUUAGCUGUCUCAAAGCCCUUCUUUAGGGUUUUCAUUGUAGCCUAUCUGGCAGGGCCAUUAGAAUAUCGAGUGGACCCUCAGGGCAGGUCCCCCAGAAGGCCAUUUAAGUUACUGCUCAGCAUAGGACAGAAAUAGCUGUAUCAGUGUUCCUUUCUCAGGAAACUCAGCAUCCAACAGCGGGAACUCUCUCCCACUGGAAACUAGCAAGAGAAGGUAGUCUAACCUUCUAGAAACAUUCCUAAUCUCUUUCUAAACCAGUUCUCUUAUUCAUCACACCAACCAGAGACACUCUAAGGUGAGCAAAGAAAGAUGUGAAUUGUCAUAUUGGCGCCAUAAAUCGAUAUGUACCCAGAAACAGUUAUGUUCUCAAUUAAUGGCUUUAACCUGUUCAUUGUAAAAAGUGCCUUGGACUUCAAUCUAAAGAGGUCGGUAUAAAUAUAUAUGUGUGUGUGUGUGACAUAUGUAGGCAAAUAUUUACAUAUUUACACAUACAUAGGUGCACACACAUACACCUGCACAUUCAUAUAUAAUAUAUACAUACAUAUAUAACGCUUCAUAAUAUAUCAUAUUGCUAUUCACAGUUUCAUUUCUUUAGUCUGGUCUUAUGUUUGUUUAGUGACACCUUUACAUAGAGAGGUUCUAUUUGGGACACUGAUGUAUUUUUUUGUUUGUUUUUUACUUUUUAUUAAAAAGGUAAAGGAUAUUAAAAAAAAAAAAAAAGUCAAGUGCCUGAAGGUUUUGAAUGGAGUUGUGGUAAACUUUCUCAGGUCGCCCAACAAGGAAACUGAUUUUUCCUUUGGGAAGCAUUUUUCUGCUUCAGCGACUUUGUUUUCCUUGGGCAGGAGUACA